CAACUGAAAGGACUGGGUCACUUUGCCUGCAGCUACCUCACCAGAAGCUUGCAGCCGCCAGGCACUGUCCAACAGCAAAUAAGUCACUAUGACCCACCAGUUCCCAGCACUGUCUCCAGAGCAGAAGAAGGCUCUUUCAGACAUUGCUCAGCGGAUUGUGGCUUCAGGAAAAGGGAUCUUAGCUGCAGAUGAAUCAGUUGGUACCAUGGGAAAUAGGCUGCAGAGGAUCAAUGUGGAGAACACAGAGGAGAAUCGUCGUGCUUUUCGAGAAAUCCUCUUCUCUUCUGAUGCUUCCAUCAACAAGAGCAUCGGAGGAGUGAUCCUUUUCCAUGAGACUCUCUAUCAGAAAGACAGCAGUGGAAAGCCAUUUCCAGCUAUCAUCAAAGAAAAAGGGAUUGUGGUGGGAAUAAAGCUGGAUGCAGGCACUGCACCUCUGGCAGGCACAAAUGGAGAAACCACCAUCCAAGGACUUGAUAAACUUGCUGAGCGCUGUGCCCAGUACAAGAAAGAUGGUGCUGAUUUUGGCAAGUGGCGUGCAGUGUUGAAGAUCAGUAGCACAACACCCUCUCAACUUGCCAUCCAAGAGAAUGCCAACACCUUGGCACGUUAUGCCAGCAUCUGCCAGCAGAAUGGCUUGGUGCCCAUUGUGGAGCCAGAAGUCUUACCUGAUGGUGACCACGAUCUUCAGCGCUGUCAGUAUGUCACAGAAAAGGUUCUGGCUGCUGUCUACAAGGCCUUGAAUGACCACCAUGUCUACCUGGAAGGGACACUGCUGAAACCCAACAUGGUGACAGCUGGGCAUUCCUGCCCCAAGAAGUACACCCCUCAGGAUGUGGCUGUAGCCACUGUCACUACUCUCCUCCGCACUGUUCCCGCUGCUGUUCCUGGAAUCUGCUUCCUGUCUGGAGGUCAAAGUGAAGAGGAGGCUUCUCUCAACCUGAACGCCAUGAAUCAGUCCCCUCUGCCUAAGCCUUGGAAACUGACCUUCUCAUAUGGGAGAGCUCUGCAAGCCUCAGCCCUGGCAGCAUGGCUUGGCAAACCAGAGAACAAGAAGGCUGCACAGGAAGCUUUCUGCAAGCGGGCACAGAUUAAUAGUUUAGCUUGCAGAGGACAGUAUGUCACAUCUGGGAAGACUGACACAGCUGCCACGCAGUCACUUUUCACUGCCAGCUACACCUAUUGAAAGCACAGGAAUCUGCAUUUGUCCUGUCCUCCACAAGGUGGAAGAUGCUUAUAAAUGAAAGAAAAACAAAGAAAACUAAUUUCCCUUUCCCUGAACAAAACUGGAAAUGGAUUAGUUUACUCUCCUACCUUGGCUUCCACAAUUUACAAAGGGGAUAUUCUUUUUUUCACUUACACUUUCAAAAAGAAAAUUAUUCUUUCCAUAUGAGAAACAACUAACACUGAAUCACAAAUCCACUCUCCCUCUAGUUUAAACUUAAUUUUCAGAGUAGUAAUAGUUCCCUAGCAACUCAGAUAGAUACCCCCAUAACCACAUUUUGCAGUCAAAUCCUGAAUUAUAAAACCUACCUGUAUCUUUAAUCGUGUGAAUAAAACAAUAAUUAAAAUUCAAUAUAUCUCCCAAAUCCUUAUUCUUUAUAACCUUUUCACUCUUUUUCAUGCCUCUGUGGUUCUUAGCAGCACACACAAAAAUUAAUACAAAGUGUUACUGUUGCUGAGCUUGGGAAACCAUGAGGAGGUCUAAGCGAAAUAAUCCAGUAGUGAUAAAACUGGAGACAUUAAUCCUGCUAACAGAAGACAGACACUGAGAAAAGCUCAGAGAUGAACACAAAAAGCUCUGUUCUGGAAUCUGGGCACACAUAAAUAACACUGCCAUGAAAAGCUUCUCCUGCCUAGAGAAAAUCAUGUGCUUGGCUUGGGUUGACAAGGCCGCCAGACACUGAGUUAGGGUAGCACAAGAUAUGUGAAGACUAUUUUCCUUGGUGCCAUUGUUGUGGCAUUUUCAGAGCAAUUAGCCAUAAGCACGCAGGGAGGGAUUUUGGCCUAGCCAGCUGGUAUAACUUGAAUAAUUACAUUGAUGUUGAAGGCCCACAGUUUGACCUGUGGUAUGUUGUCAUGUACUUGAUAGUGAUGUUAAGCUUUCUUAAAGCACAAUUACACAGUUGUUAUGAAAAAAAUGCUGAAUGUUGUGAAAAAAAUGCAGCUCUACUAUUUGCUAUAUAUAGUAGAAAAAGCAAAACUAAAGUAAACCAAAAAAUGUUUGCUAGGCAACACACUACACCAGUCACCCGGUACGCUGGGGCAGUCCACCAACCUGCGAAGACCACAGGAGCCUGAAGAUGCUUGUUCCCUCUUAGAAAGCUUGUUACUUCAUCUGGAAGGUGGGGGGUAGAACUCUACC